AUGUGGCUCAUCGACACGCAGACACUAGAGCUAAAGGAGUUUCACGCAGGUCACAUACCCCAAUAUGCCAUCCUAUCUCAUCGAUGGGGUGAUAGCGAAGUUUCUCACCAGCAAUACCAAAACAGACAAUUUGAUCCAAAUGGAGACGGGUACCAAAAGAUCAAAGGCUUCUGUUAUCAAGUCGCCAGCUCCACAGACCCAUUAGUCCACUAUGCCUGGGUUGACACGUGCUGUAUAGAUAAUAAGAGCAGUGCCGAGCUCUCCGAGUCCAUCAACUCAAUGUUCAAGUGGUAUGGCGAUGCUAUUGUAUGCUAUGUCUACCUUUCCGACGUGGACUACCAAGCCCCUGAUCGGGAGUCCCAAUUUCAGCAAAGCCUAUGGUUUACUCGAGGGUGGACGCUGCAAGAAUUUCUAGCCGCGCGUGAGCUUUUAUUCUUCUCGAAAACAUGGGAUAUGCUAGGAACAAGGUCCGAGUUCGUAGAUAUAUUAUCAUCCAUUACCAAGAUACCACCAGACUAUAUUCUCCGUCGCCGCCCCUUAAGCGACGCUAGCAUCGCGCAGAGAAUGUCUUGGGCUUCCCAUCGAUUAACGACCCGAGAAGAAGAUAUAGCAUACAGUCUAUUGGGUAUCUUUAAUGUCAACAUGCCAUUAAUUUACGGCGAAGGUCGAAAAGCAUUCCUACGACUCCAAGAAGAAAUUAUAAAAAGAUCUAACGAUGACUCAAUCCUUGCCUGGGGAUAUAAUCACCGGGAUGACGAUACACCCGACAGAACAGGUGCUCUAGCCAAAAGCCCCUAUUAUUUUGCCGGUUGUCAUAACAUCAUUCGAUGCGAAGAUUGGGAGGGGAGGUCCAAGCCCCGUCCUUGGGAGAUGACCAGUCGCGGCCUACAUACCCACGCUAUUGUGAUCUCGUCAUUUGAUACGAAGAUCUCGAGGUGA